AUGGGAAAGGGGCUUGGAUUUUCAAUGCAAGAGAUUGGUCGUGGGAAGCCCGGGCGCCACCGGUUCCUGUGCUCAUUCGUGCCCGAACGAGCCGCGGCAAGUGACAUACGUUCAUCGCCGACAUUUGCAUGGGCGGAAAGCUUUCCAGAAUGCCCAAAUCGGUCGUCGGAUCCUCCUUUGUCCCAACGUGGUCCGACGGCACAAUCCGUGUCGGCGGACAGAUGGAUGGGGUGCGGGGUUCUGGGCGCGGUGGCGAGACAGUUGCUCAUCCAUGUCCACACCUCCCUGCGACGCCACCGCCGCUUUCCUCUCUCACUGCUAGCGUUGUCGCAUCUUCCAGGCGACAUUCUCCGGCUUGCACGACUGAGCCGAGGAAGGGGAGCCGACGGACGAGGCGGAUGCAGUCUCUGUUGUGGUGGUCGGGGCGGGCUGGACGGCAUCUACGACGGCGGAUCGGGACCGAUGGUGAGGAUGGGGAGCAAGGGAGCGAGGGGCUCCGGUGCGGGAAAGGCCAUUGGAUUCGUGGCGUUGGCGAGCGUGGUCGCAAGGAGAGGAGGGGCGGCGGCGGCGGCGGCGGCGACUGUUCGCGGGAUGAGCUUCGGCGGCGCCAGCUCCGUCGCGGCCGGUGGGAAGCGGCCGUUCGAGUACGGGAGGACGCAUGUGGUGAGGCCCAAGGGCGCGCACAAGGCCACCAUCGUCUGGCUCCACGGCCUCGGCGACAAUGGAGCCAGCUGGUCUCAACUGUUGGAAACUCUUCCCCUUCCUAAUAUAAAAUGGAUUUGCCCAACUGCACCUACGAGGCCUGUGGCAAUUUUUGGUGGAUUCCCAUCUACUGCAUGGUUUGAUGUUGCUGAUCUUUCAGAAGAUUCUCCUGAUGAUGUUGAGGGGCUGGAUUCCUCAGCUGCACAUGUUGCAAAUUUAUUGUCUACCGAACCUGCAGACAUCAAGCUUGGCGUUGGUGGCUUUAGUAUGGGUGCUGCUACUGCGCUUUACUCUGGUACUUGCUUUGCUCAUGGAAAAUAUGGAAAUGGCAAUCCAUACCCUGUGAACCUAAGUGUGGCUGUUGGUCUCAGUGGCUGGCUCCCAUGUGCCAGGUCAUUGAAGAACAAAAUUGAGAGCUCACAGGAGGCUGCACAGAAGGCUUCAUCAUUACCCCUUAUGCUUUGUCAUGGAAAAGCUGAUGAUGUGGUCCUCUACAAACAUGGAGAGAGAUCUGCUGAUGCACUUAAGUCAACCGGGUUUGCAAAUGUGGAAUUCAAGUCCUACAGCAGACUCGGGCACUAUACCGUUCCAGAGGAGAUGGACGAAGUCGUCAAGUGGCUUACGGCAAGCUUGGAACUCGGCAGUUCCUCGUCAACUUGAUCGAAUGAAGAGAUGCCUUGAGAAAGGCUCGGUGUGGCGGCAUCUAAAUAAUAAGUACCUGUGGUUGUGCCGAAUUGAGUGAUAAAAUGGCUGGGUUGCCAACUUGGGCUUUGGGUAUACGGUUAUGUCUUAGCUUGGCGUUUCAUAUGCAGACAUGCCUCGCUGAAUCUUGUUACUAUUGAGAUUUCCAUAUAUUUGGUAUGUGUUUCCAUCCAUAGUCGGAGACAUUGUGAUCAGUUUGGUUUUGGUUACCAGUGAUAUUUUUGUUUCAA